CACAUGGCAUGUCUGAGAUUUGUUCAGCCUAUGAGAAGCAUCAAUUGAAUAGUUGAUGUUUUUGAGUCCAGUGGGUAACCUUCACAGAACAGACUGCUGACUAUCGCCAGCCCCAUACGUCCUCGAGAAGGUUGAUCUGUAAGUCCCACCAGCAAACGGACAAUCGAAGAGCAUACACCGUCAUGACAAUUUAAGAGUUUCGAAUGUUUACUGAAUUCUAUUCCGUUUGAGCGGGUAAAAAUUUGGCGGAAGGAAGCGAUCACCAAUACCGGCAUCGACCGAGGAAAGGCACAUUCGAGCGAGAGUAACUGCAUUUGUUUCAAGUCCAGUGGAGUCGGUCAUUCUUAGACCAACCGGCAAGCAAGGCUGUUGGUCAGCACAAUCACAAGCUUGAGAACAAAACAAACAAAAACCCGCCAUGGCCCUCCCGAUACAAGAUCUUCCUGCCUGGGCCCGCCUCAACGAUGUCUCCUUCGACAAUGUCGAGGUAACCACCACCGUGGACAAGGGAUACGGCGUGGUCAGCCAAAAGGACCUCGCUGCCCCUGAAGGCACCGUCGAGACCCCACAGCUGCUCGCCGUCCCUCACGACCUCAUCCUCAACUCUCUGGCUGUCGAGGAACACGCAAAAGAAGACAAAGAGUUCAAACAGCUCCUAGAAGCCGUCGGACACCAUCCACCCCGCGUCAACGUUCUGCUCUUCCUGCUUGUUCAGUUAGCGCGGAACUCCAGUCACGCCCAUGUGGGUGUUUCCAAUCCAUGGACUCAGUACUUGCAGUUCCUGCCCAAGACAGUCUUGCUGCCUACCGUCUGGACCGAGGACGAAAGGCCACUGUUGAAAGGCACCUCACUGGAGGUGGCUGUGGGAGCAAAACUCAGAGCCCUCGACAAUGAGUUUGAAAUGAUCCGAGAAGCCUCAUCUGAUAUCCCUUGCUGGAACGACCUUCUUUGGCACAGUGGCGCCGUCUCGCUCAAAGACUGGGUGCAUCUCGACGCCCUCUAUCGAUCAAGAUGCCUGGAGCUUCCCAAAUCCGGAGAGUCAAUGGUCCCCUGCAUCGACAUGAUCAACCAUUCGUCCGACCCAAGUGCCUACUACGACCAAAACUCCAACUACGAGGCAGUACUGUUACUUCGCCCGGGAGUGAGCAUGUCCAAGGGUCAGGAAGUAACCAUCAGUUACGGCGACACCAAGUCUGCAGCUGAGAUGCUCUUUAGCUACGGCUUCAUCGACCCCGAAUCGACGUCCGAGAGCCUGGUACUCCCUCUGGCACCCUUUCCCGACGACCCAUUGGCCAAGGCGAAGCUUGUAGCGUUUGGGAAAGCGCCCAAAGUCCACGUGGCUCGGGAGAGCGGCAGCAUCCGGUGGGACAGCAAUUUUGCAUAUCUCAAGUGUGUCAACGAGGAGGACGGCCUGGACUUUCGCAUCCUGCAGGACAACGAGGGAAACCAGCAGCUGCGCGUUUUCUGGCAAGAUGAAGACGUUACAGAUCAGAUUUCCGAGUUCCAAAAACUAGUAGCCCAAACUCACCCCCUCCCCGAAGUCCUCAGACUUCGAGUUGCCGUCUCAGUUCAGGAGAACCUUGAGAUCCAUCUUGAGCAGCUCAAGUCGGAGCUUCCCCGCCACGACUCUUCGACAGUCAGAGAAGAAUGUCUCAAGCAUGGUCUGCUGCUCCGACAGAUCGAAACGAGUCUAUUGGAAGAUGCCAUCCAAGCGUUGGAACAAGAGAAAAACUCGCUACUGGAAGCCGAAAACGUGGUGGCUUAUCUCGGAUCGAUGGAGACUUCCAAUUCGGACCUAGUCGACGAAGAGGCGUCCAAUGAGGCCGACGACUUCAGCUAAUGGUUGCAGACGCACAUCAUCCUCCUGCUUCUUUCUGAGUGGUGUGAGGCCUCUGCAACAUUCGUAUGUCAACCGCCAUCGAAUGGUUUUGGCUUCUUGAGACGCGGCCUUACCGCACCAAUCUCAGCAUGGUUCACUUUUUGACAAAUUCUUUCCACAUAUGCCGCUUUCUUUUUUGCACAGAAUGCAGAGCUGCUUGAGCUAUUCCGCACAUCGCUACCUCUACGGAGUUGGCGAGAGUAAGCCUAGAGGGACUACAUUGACUAACAAGGCAAAAGGUUCCUCAUUGUCUCAGAUACAGCUUGGCUAAAGUCUCUUCAGCAAACUCGGCAUAGGUUCUAAUCUCGGAUUCAGCAUCCCGACAGUUCACGGACGCUAUAGAAAGCUCUGGUUAUUCUUGGAAGGAUUUUGGAAGCGACAACAGCCAGAACAACGCUACCAAAAAGACAAGCUCAACACCGGCCCCCAACCGCCGCUAUCAACAAGGUGUGCCUGGCGGUCAGGACUCUUGUCAUACACAGCAGGCGUGGUUCGGCCCUGUCACCCCGGUGAGGACACGGCAGGAGAGCUUCUGGAAAAAUCGGACGCAUUUUCUACAGCAAGGCACCUUUGCCUUGAAUUUAUUGACACACUCAAGGGUCGAAUGCAGCCGCCUGCCAUAACAAAAAACAAUCUCCACACGACAUGGGGUAUUUUGCCGGAAAGUCGAUCUCAAAAAGAAGGCCACAACUAUCCUCAAAAUGCGGGGAAAUAUUGGGACCCUCGCGAAGAGCCGGACCUGUAACGGCUUUGAUGCUCCCUCAGCCUUGGGGUUCUUUUUGUUAGUGCGGAGAUGACGUUUAAACCGAAGCGCCGAAUGGAAUGGUUCAAACAGAAAGCUUCUUAAUGCGCUAGUUGGGGAUUGUUAAAAUGUAUGUAAGCGGCUGCUGUACAAUCGACCGACUUGAAGAUAUAUCGCCGACCUGUUAUCCAAUUCCAUCAUUCGAAUGAAACAAGCGCGGCAGGGUUAACCA